AUGUCUGAGCGCAAAGUUCUCACCAAAUACUACCCUCCGGAUUUCGAUCCGAGUCAGAUCAAGCGUGCCCGUGGCCCCAAAACCGCGGGACCCAAAGUUCAGACUGUCCGUCUGGCAGCACCAUUGGUCGGCAGUAAGCACCAACACCUCCCCGUCGUUAUCUCGGCUUUAUUUUUAUAUCCCCAAGCGCUGACCGACUCCCUCCAUGCAGAGUACAUAUACAAGGGCAGAAAGUUCAACGCACGGAAGGAAACUCCACCCGAUGAGAAGUACCUAGGCAUCCAAAUCUUCAGAUUCUACAUCCGAUGCACAAGAUGCAGCGCGCAGAUCACGUUCAAGACGGAUCCUAAGAACCAAGACUACGCCUGCGAGAGCGGGGCGAAGCGGAGCACGGAGCCGUGGCGCGUGGGACGCGAGGAGACGGACGAGGAGCGGCUAGACCGGCUCGAGAAGGAGGAGGAAGAGCGCAACGCCAUGGUGGAGCUCGAGGCCAAGACGGUCGACGCGAAGCGCGAGAUGGCGGUGGCCGACGCGCUCGACGAGAUCCGGACGCGCAACGCCAGGAUGGAGCGCGCGAACCAAGAAGGCGAGGAGGCGGGCGUCGCGAUGACGGUCGACUCCGAGGCCGAGCGGCUCGAGCGGGAGGACGCGGAGAUGGCGAGGAGGGCGUUCGCGUUCGCGAAGCUGGCUAACGACGAGAUGGAGAUACUCGAGUACGGCGACGGCGAUGGCGACGGCUACUCUUCGGCCACGUCCGCUGGUCCGUCCUCUUCAGCAUCCUCGUCACACGUUACCCCGGAACCUAGCACCGGCAGCAACACUGUCGGCGCCCCCGAGCCGAAGCGGGCGGUAGCGCCAGCGCCCACAUCGGCCGACAUGCCGCCGCCGUCGUUCAGACGGGUAGUGAAAAAGAAGAAAGACCACUCGGCGCUGCUCGGCAUCAAGAAGAAGCCAGCGCUCACGUAAGACGCUGCCGCGGGGAGAAAAACCGGAAGAGGAUUCGCAUGCCGAGCUGGGCAAUUUAUCGCGUACGGGGCAGCAUCAGGGCGGGCGUUCGCGGGGGGGAAUGCGGCGGAGGAGUAUAUUCAUAGACAGGUCGAUACCCGCAGCAGAAGGGCGAGCGCGGCAGUAGAUAGAGAAUCCAACAGUCGGAAAGCACAUCCCGCGAUUCCAACCCCCCGCCGCAGCACUCUCCGGGCCGGUCGAGAGCCGCGCGCACGUGGCCGGGCCGCACCCCUACCAUCACGUAGCCGUUACGUAUCUAGCGCGACGCGCCCAACCAGCCUCGGCAACCCGGUCUUUGCUCCUCGGUCCACCCAGCCGCGAGAGAGAGAGAGAAGAAGUUAGUCAAAGUGAGGGCGCAUCUCGCGCCGCAGUCCCAGCCGCCAUGACGCGUGCCUAGCCGUCAUCGAACAUUCUAGCCUCCUCCCCCCUUCCCCC